UCAUUCCCAGCUUCUUUUCUUCCCGAGAGAGAGAGAGAGAGAGAGAGAGAGUGAGUGAGAGAGGGAGGGAAAGAUCUCUAGCUAGGAUUAGGGUUCCUCCUCUUCUUCUUCUUCUACCUUCUUCGAAUGCAGCUACUGAAAACCUAGCUUUCUUUUCCAUUCGAGGUAAGGAGGAGAAGAUGGAGAAAGGCGCGGAAAUCAGUAACAGAAGCGGUAGCGGCGAAUCGAAGUUUCCUUUAACCUUUUCGGAGAUGGCCGCUGCUUCUUCGGUCGUUUUCGCAUUCGGUUUGGGGCUUUUAUGUGUAUAUCUGACGAUGCCAGUUUCGGAUUACAGCUUCCUCAAGCUUCCCCGCAGCCUUGAAGAUCUACAGAUUCUCAGGGAUCAUCUCGAGAGCUACACAAGUGACUACACCAUACAGGUUCUUGUGGGAUAUUGUGUAGUCUACAUUUUUAUGCAGACUUUCAUGAUUCCUGGAACCGUUUUCAUGUCUCUACUUGCCGGAGCCCUUUUCGGAGUACUCAAAGGUGUUGCUUUGGUGGUUUUUGCUGCCACUGCUGGUGCUUCUUCUUGCUAUUUCCUAUCAAAACAGAUAGGGAAACCCCUGGUCUUCUCAUUGUGGCCUGACAAGCUGAGUUUCUUCCAAGCGCAGGUGGCUAAAAGAAGAGAGAGACUACUGAAUUACAUGCUCUUUCUAAGAGUUACCCCUACUUUGCCGAAUACAUUCAUCAACGUGGCUUCGCCCAUAGUAGAUGUGCCUUACCAUAUUUUCUUCCUUGCAACAUUCAUUGGGCUCAUUCCGGCCGCUUUUGUCACAGUGAAAGCAGGAAUUGCUCUUGGAGAACUGAGGUCGGUGGGUGACCUGUAUGAUUUUCAGUCGAUUGCAACCCUGUUCCUCAUCGGCAUUGCUUCAAUCACUCCUACAUUGAUGAGCAAGGGCAGCUCUGAGAAACAUUGAUGGACACACACAAAAUCAGUUCGUGUCACUGUUCUUUCAAUACCAACCCAGCGGGUCUGACCAUGUUUCUGUACAGAUCAUCAUAAGAUAGAGGCAAUGCGGGCUGAACCCAGGGUUAUAGACUCCACAACAAUUCCUGAAGCUACUGGGUUUCUUUAAAUGCGGUCUCUGGAUGGUGUUGAAUGCAAAAGCUCUCACUGUGCCGAAUCUGUCUGCCAGUAGCAAAUAUGAUUAUUUUCUGCAAAAAAAAAAAAAAAAAACAUUCUUGUGUUAUGUAUGAUUCAGUCAAAGUACUCAUAAUUACAUCGCAAUAUAAAUCUUCAUACCAAAAUAUUUCAAA